AUGUCCACCAUCUUUGCCAAUUCAAUUGACUUUGGGAUCGCGAUAUCUGAACGGACGAUGCAGAUCAUGCAAACCGUCGACGCCGUCCGGAAUGUGAGAGUCACGCUGAAAGCAGGGGAGUUUAAGGAGAUCGAAGUCCAGGUCCCUUUGAUAAUGGACGGGAAGCGCGAGAACGUGAAGUUCGCACUGCCGUUGUCUCUCAUUGAGACUAUAUACAAGGUGGAAGACUCUUUACUUAUACCGUUCAAAUCAGCUCCGAAGUUUUGGAUGCAGAAAGGUCAGAGUCAAGGUCAAGGUCAAGGCCAGUAUCAAGGUAUCUGGUGUCGGCAAACCGAUAUCGUGGACCGGAAAACUCGGGAAGUGCUGGGAACAACUCCGGUAAUGAAUCGCAAGGAAACCCCCAUAAUUGACAUCGGUCAUUGGACGACCUACCGGAUUACCUUCAUCGCCGCUACGUUCAUGGAUCCGAGAUAUAAGCGACUAAAGACCGCUCUCGCGGACCAUGGUAUUCAUAUCACUAGCGUCCAAGACUAUAGCAUACUUCAAGGCACAGCUCCAGCCAUCUGGUCGCUGUUGGAAGACGAGAUCUCUGGGACUCAUCCACACCUCCAGGGUUCUGGUUUACAAGGGUCUGCAUUCCACGAGCUUGUCACCGGUCAAGUCAACCUCUCUUUCGAUGUUCGCUACCACUUGGAAGUCUGUGUGUCGAAUGGACUACUCCAGGAGCACACAAUCACCCGUGCGUUUCUGGAGCGUCUUGCGGCAAUGAGCCCGGUGGAAGCCACCCACAUGCUCGAUAAGGUCGUGAAAGACAAACAGGAAUGCUUUGACCCUAUGCUGAUCUUCGGCAAGCCUCGCAAGCCAGCCCGUUUGACGAAGCUUCCCAGCUACUGCAUCCUUUCGCGAUCGGCGAACAUCACGCCGACAUCGAUCCACGUUGGUCAGCUCGCAAUCGAAACAUCUAAUCGAAUCAUCCGGAAACACCUUGCGGACGCCGAUCGCUUCAUUCGAGUGAGAUUCACCGACGAGAAGACGGAAGGUGAGCUGUUCGCUCAAGAUAAUGGCUCAUCGGAUGCAAUCUUCGAUCGAAUCACCAGAGCCAUGACCAACGGUAUCGUGGUUGCCGGACGCUAUUAUGAAUUUCUUGCAUUUGGAAACUCCCAAUUCAGAGAGCGUGGUGCCUAUUUCUAUGCACCUACACCGUCAAAAUCCGCCGAUGAUAUCCGCCGGUCGAUGGGAGAGUUCGACCAUAUCAGGAUAGCAGCGAAGUAUGGAGCCCGGCUCGGACAAUGCUUCUCGACCACACGUGCAAUCAGGAGCGUCAAUGUCAAGAUCGAGGAGAUCGAAGAUGUCAAGCGGAACGAAUAUUGUUUCACAGACGGAGUUGGAAAGAUAUCGACCUUUUUAGCCCAAAUGGCCGCGAAAGAGCUAGGCCUACCACACGCUUUCCAUGAUCCUCCAUCGUUGUACCAGUUUCGCUUGGCUGGGUGCAAGGGUGUACUAGCUCUGGACCCCAGCAUCACAGGGCACGUUGUUCAUAUCCGCCCAAGCCAGUACAAGUUCGAGGCACAAAAUGGGGGCUUGGAGGUUAUUCGAGCUUCUGCACUCUCGGUCGCGACCUUCAACCGACAAUUGAUCAUCAUCCUCUCAACGCUUGGUGUUCCAGAUGCCGUAUUCAUUGAAAAGCAACAGGAAAUGGUCAAUGAUCUCGAGCGAGCGACCAAGGAAGAAGAUGUUGCGAUUCAAAAGCUCCAACGGAACAUCGAUUUGAAUCAAACAACACUCACUAUGGCUGGAAUGGUCAUCGAUGGCUUCAUGCGGAGCCAAGAACCUUUCAUGAUGUCGCUACUGCAGCUGUGGCGCGCGUACCAUAUCAAAUACCUCAAGGAACGGGCACGUAUCAUGAUUGAGGAGGGCGCAUACGUGCUGGGUUGUGUUGAUGAGACAGCUAUCCUGCGAGGCCACUACAACAAUCCGCAAUGUCGAAUUGGCGCUACCAGGGAGGAAAAGCUAGCUACCCUACCUGAAAUUUUUCUGCAGAUUACAGACACGGUAGAAGACGCCAAAACGGACAGAAAAGGCCAUUAUAAGAUCAUCUCGGGAAUAUGUGUGCUAGCACGCAAUCCGUCACUGCACGCUGGCGAUGUUCGUGUAGUGCGAGCGGUUGACGUAUCAGCGCUGCAUCAUUUGAAGAACGUUGUUGUUCUCCCCCAGACUGGAGAUCGCGACGUUGCAAACAUGUGCUCCGGUGGCGAUCUUGAUGGCGAUGAUUAUAUUGUGCUCUGGGACAAUGACUUUCUGCCAGAUAUCAUCAAUGAGCCUCCCAUGGAUUUUACAGCAGAGAAGCCAACCGAGUCCAAGGAAUCAAUCACCGUCAAAGACAUUACUGACUUCUUUGUCACCCAUAUCAAGAAUGACUCACUCGGUCGGAUCGCGACCGCCCAUCUAGCCCAGGCGGACUUCAGUGACAAAGGCGUUAAAGAUCCCAAAUGCCUUGAGCUGGCGAAGCUUCAUUCACAGGCGGUGGACUACUCCAAGAGUGGAAUUCCAGCGAGAAUGAACCCCGAACUCCAACCACGCAAGAAGCCACAUUUCCAGAGGAAGAAACAUCAAGCGGAACACAAGUUCUACAAGUCGAAGAAGAUCCUUGGGAAGCUGUUCGAUCAGGUACAGCUGGUUGACUUCGUACCUCAAUUUGAGAAUAGGUUUGAACUGGGUAUCCUGAAUUUUUGCGUACCCGACCAAGGCACACUUGCAAAAGCGAAGGAUAUCAAGUACGAGUACGACUCUGAGCUGAGAAGAUUGAUGGCAAAGCAUGCCAUUCGUACGGAGUUCGAGGCGUGGUCUGUCUUCGUCCUGUCACACAAUCUGGAGGCCCGCGACUAUACCUUUGCUGAGGAAUUCGGACGAACCAUAGCAUUGCUCAAGUCACGGCACCAAGAGCUGUGUUAUGAAGCGGCAGGCGUAGCGGGCAGGCAUGAGUUUGAGAAGCUAGCACCAUUCGUCACGGCCAUGUACACUGUGACCGCUAAUGAAAUGGAAGCUGCUAUCAAGGAAGCUCGAGAGUUGGGCCGCUCGAUGACACCUGAAGACAUGCCGUUGAUGUCUUUCCCGUGGCUAUUCGUCAACGAGCUCGGCAAGAUCAAAACUGUUAAUAAGGUUGGUCGACGGGAGCUUGCUGUUCCCCAGCAGCAUCAAUUUGCGAAGAAGCAUAAAGCUCUUAAUGUACCGGAGAAGGGUCUAGGCGAUAUCGUGACGCCACAAGGUAUCACGCACUUUGGCGAGAUCUUGAAGCUUGACUUCCGUCAAGGUAUGUAUGCUACGUCGAGUGUGAAGCGGACGAAGUGA